UUCACUCGUUACUACAAAUUAGCGAACUACAUUGUUCUACGUGUUCUUUUCUGUGUCGUGUGUAUAUAGAGAGAGUCACACUAGUUAAUUACGUUUCAGACUCCAGUUAAACAAAGAGGGUCAAUUUAAAUAAUAUAAAUUACUAUCUGUUCUUUUGGAUCGGAAUUUUUUUAAAAGAAUAUAUAGAAAAAAUGCAACACCACUCGGAGACGACAAUGUCAUCAAUGAAGCAACCUCUUUGUCCAAAGCCACGCCGUGUGUGUCCUUCUUUUCCUGAUUUCCUCAAACCUCUCUCAUGUUCCCUACACUCUUCCAACUGCCAACAAAGUUCGGAGGGAAGAAGCGGCGUUCUCAGCGUAAUCGAUAAGCCGAUAGAAGGUGGAACAAUAGAGUCAAUGUGGUACGCAGGGUCUCCACCAAGGAGAACCGGGAAUCCUCUUGUACACGACCUCCAUUUCAUUCACUGCCUCGACCUUCUCCCCAAUUUCUCAAGAACCAAGGCUUGAGUUUAUUCUUUGUAGAAUUGUAUUUGGAUACUCUUAAGUAACCACCAAGAGUCCACACUCAGAUCAGCACCCAUAACUUAGUCCACAUUUAAUGAAGAGACAUAUAUAUAUAUAUAUAUAUAGAGAGAGAGAGAGAGAAAAAGGUUGAUUAUAGACCUGUAUUUGUUAUCUAUAAUAUAG